GAGGCAAACAUUUGGUUUGUUUUUUCAGAUGUGAAUUUGCUGCGGAAAGGGAAGGUUGAAAGCAUUUAAAGUCUGUUGAAUAUUGUUACGAGAAUCUUGUUUCUCUAGUUAAACGCGAAAAUUUGAGUCAAGAUAUGAUGGUUUGCGAGACCUCUACAAUUAUGUCUAUCGAAAAAAAAGAUGCUGGCUCAGGCAGUCGUUCUUGGGCAGAUGAAGCUGACUCUCACUCUCAGUGUUCUUUCAACAACAGUUUAACUGAUGGCGAAUCUCGGAGGGACAUAUCCUUGGAAUUUAUCGAUAAUGUUAAUGAACAAAAAUUUGAGCGUCUUUUAAAAGAGGAGAAGCUGAAAACACCAUUCAAAAGGCGUCAUUCGGAGACGCCGAGUAUUGAGACACGAUCCAACAGUCCCAAUAGCAGUUGUGGCAGCAACACUAGCAAUGACGGAGAGCAAGCUCGGUAUUUUAAUAGUCACAAGAAUGAAAAACGCGCUAGGCAGAAUAGUUUUACAUCGUCGUCUUCUUCAUCGUCUUCAUAUACAGAGACUGAUGCUGCCGUACUCACACGACGCCAAAAACAAAUUGAUUAUGGAAAAAAUACCGUAGCAUACGAACGAUAUACUGAAAUGGUCCCCAAAGCACAACGUACCCGUGAUCAUCCUCGCACUCCUAACAAAUACGGUAAAUAUAGCCGUAGAGCCUUUGAUGGACUGGUAAAAAUAUGGCGCAAACAAUUACACUAUUACGAUCCACCUAAUGCCAAUCAACCCACGCUUAGUAAAGGAUCUGGUGUUGCUUCGAGUAGCGAUUCAGACUCGGACUAAUGUUAAGCCCUUUUUUAUUCUGUUCGUAAUAUGGAUUGCUAAUGUAAAAACAGUCUGUUUUUCUCUACUUUAUAUAAGGUCUGUUUGGUUUUUUUCAAGUUACAAAAGUACGUUUAUCUAUUGUGAAAUAAUUAAGUAUCUGGAUUAAAUUUUUAUGAGUAGAUAAAUGUAACUGAAUUAUAUUAUUCUGUAUAAAUAAAAGUUGAAUAUAUUGAAAUUGAA